GGAGAGGGAAAAAAAGGCUUUUUAAUGUAUCACAAGUGUGACCGCCAGAGUCACUCGACACUCCUGAAAAUCUGCAUCAUCGGGAAUUGGGCCCAUUUCUGCAGCAUUGGGUGGCUGGAGGUUUGCGCUGUGAGCAGAAAGCCAUGCUCUGGAUUGAUGCUAAGCUGCCCUGAUUAGAGCAAUGCCCACCGGGCUCCCUGGUGCUGCUUUGGACACUCUGACCGGUGGCUGAUUACAUGUGAUAUACUGGUCACCGGCUAAAAACACAGGCUUCAUGACAGCCAGCACCGGCCUUGUGACAGCUGGAAGAAUUUUGGUUACCCAAAGCACGGGUCUUAGAGCCACCCAACAAUAAGAUUCCUCUGGGCAAAGAUAUGACGUAGGGCUGACAAUGCACCAAUGUGUGGAGGGCCAGCGCUGUGGUGCACAGCCACCGCCGUGAACUUGGCCUCUGGUGAGUUCAUUUGAUGUUAUGCACUGAUCUGUCUAGACAGCAAAGCAAAACUUCAGGGUAAAGACCAAAACAGUCAGGAAACGAAUUCUAUUCAUAUUGCUAGGAGCCUGUUACUAGAGCCCCCAGGCACCAGUGGGUACACUUACAAGCAUAUCACUUCCUAGGAAGGCGCAAGCUGCCCUCCUCUUCCUUCUGAGGUGGUUAUUUCCGAGAACAAGCAGUGCUGGGAGCAGUUAAUUAGUAUGUUGGGAGAAGGCUGGCAGAGGGAGACAAGGCCUGCAGCACGCCCUGAGGCUUGGAAGAUUCGUUGAGCCCAAUUUCUGUUGGCUGCGCAAAAGUUAUGCAAGGCAAAGCCCCAGUGACGUUUGAGGAUAUUGCAGUCUAUUUCUCGCCAGAGGAGUGGAAGGAGCUAGUGGAAUGGCAGAAAGAACUGUACUGGGACGUGAUGAAGGAGAAUUAUGAGCUCGUCACCUCGCUAGUAGAUGAUGAGAUUGUGAAUGAAGGUAUGGAGGAGAAGAACCAGGAGGAAGAUGCUGAAAACCUGCUUCCAGUCAAGACUUUUUCAGUAAAACCUGAAGAGAAAGUUUCCCAAAGUUCAGUGAAGGUAAAAAACUGCCUGAGUCAGAGCAAACUUCAGACAAUGCAGAGAAACUCUGCAGGGAACACGCAAGGGAUAUCCACAAACAGCACGGCUCAGCAGAAAGCCCAGGUGACAGAGAGACCAGACGCCCGUCAGGAAUGCAAGCGAAGCUGUGUGGAGAAGACAGAUCUCCUGAUACGACAGAGGAACCGCAAGAGGGAGAGGCCAUUUCCCUGCAGCGAGUGUGGGAAAUGCUUCUCUCAGAAAGGGGACCUGAAGAUCCACCUGAGAAUCCACACGGGGGAGCGGCCGUACACGUGCACUGAGUGCGGGAAAAGCUUCACCCAGAGGGGAUAUCUGAAGAUCCACCUGAGACUCCACACAGGAGAGAAGCCCUUUCCAUGCACUGAAUGUGGGAAACGGUUCCCAUCGAAGGGGGAUCUCAAAAUGCACCAGAAGAAGCACACGGGGGAGCGGCCCUUUCUGUGCAGUGAAUGUGGGAAGAGCUUCACUCGCAAGGUGGACCUCAAAGUCCACCAGAGGAAGCACACGGGGGAGAGGCCCUUUGCUUGCACUGAGUGUGGGAAGAGUUUUACGUCCAAGGGCUACCUCAAGAUACACCUGGGACAGCACAAGGGGAAGAGGCCGUUCACAUGUCUGGAGUGCGGGAAAAGCUUCAUUUCCAAGGGCUCCCUCAAGGCGCACCAGAGAAUCCACACGGGUGAGACGCCCUUCACGUGCACCGAGUGUGCCAAGAGCUUCACCACCAAGGGCUAUCUCAAGAUACACCAGAGGCUACACACGGGGGAGACCCCGUAUCCCUGCACCGAGUGCGGGAAGCGCUUCACUACCAAGGGCUAUCUGAAGAUACACCAGAAAAUCCACACGGACGGGACCCCCUUCAUCUGCAGUGACUGUGGGAAGAGCUUUGCCACCAUGCGAUAUCUCAAGAUGCACCAGAGGAGCCACACAGGGGAGACCACGUUCACCUGUGCGGAGUGUGGAGAGAGCUUCGCCCAGAAGGGCUACCUCCGCAUCCACCAGCGGAUGCACACAGGGGAGGGCCUGUUCACCUGCUCUGACUGUGGGAAAAGCUUCACUGCCAAGUACCUGCGGAUCCACCAGCGAAUGCACACAGGGGAGCGGCCCUUCACUUGCACGGAGUGUGGGAAAAGCUUCACUGCAGAGGGGUCUCUGAAAAUCCACCUCAAGAUCCACAGCAGGGUGCUGCUGAGUAUAUGCACCGACUGCGGGAAAAGCUUCUCCUCCAUGCGCUAUCUCAAGGUGCACCAGAAAACCCAUUCCCAAGAGCCAGUGACGCUACCCAGCGAAAGUGGGGAUGGUUUCCCACAGAAGGCGCUUGCCACUGUCCCUCAGAAAGCCCACAGAGAAAUGAUCUCAUUUACCUGCAGGGACUGCGGGAAAAGCUUCUGCCAGAAGUCUAAUUUAAUAACGCACCAGAAAGCCCAUGCGCAGGAGAGACAGGUUCUCACACACAGGCCCAGCACUUGCCCUGCUGCCACUCCACCGACAUCCGUGAAGUCGCACCCAGUGAAUUUGGCUCAGGAAGUUUUAAGAGCAGGGAAAGAUCAUCUCAACCCAAAUCCCUAUCCCCUGGUCAUGGAUUUAAAGCCCAGCUUCCAGUUUGCUCUGCAGACCUGUCCACUUUCCCCAGGAGUAAAUCUAGGUGUCUCCUGAGCUUACGUGGCAUCCCGCUCCUGCUGACAAUGUAUCCCGUAUGGUUAUUGUUACCUUCUGCAUGAUGUAGCUCUGCCCAGGUUCCUCCGUUUAAUCCCAAUUCCUAACCCUCCCCGAUUGCACCCUCCUAAGGUAGCUGGAUGGUACCCGGUCCUGCAGUGCUUCAGUGGGAGUCACAAGAGCCUUACAUGCUACCACAUCCUUUGGUUUUGCUCCUCUUCUAUCCAUGCAGCAUAGCAUCUGGUCUGGCUUUUUAGUUGCAGCUUCUCAUUGAGCGGGUGAUUUCAGUGAUUUUAUCACAAUAAAUCCCACUCACGUGCUCGACAUCUAGGGAUACUGAGCAUAGAUCCCCUCGCUUGCUUGCAUUGCUCUGCAUUUCCAAUCAGUCAGUGCAGUCACCUACAAGAUCCAAAUCCUUUACCACCCAGUGCCCAGAUCCGUAUCAUCUCCUCUGACUCUUUAGCAUCACGUACAAACCCUGAGCUCUGGGGCUGUAUUCAUCCCACGUUUAACUUCCUUGGAGGUACACCGGGGUGAAUUGGGACUUUUCCUUUUCAGAAGCCUCCAUAGGAUGGCAGAGGCCGUAGAAUCAACCCCGAGCCGCGCCACUCAUCAUCCAGUCUGUUGCUCCCCGUUGAUUCCUGUUCUGGGAGUGCCAAGUGUUAGAGAAAGUUCACUGAAAACCCACGUUAACGUAACAGAUGAGCAAACCGCAGAGGCCAGGAACCAUUGACUUGUGCUCAGUGGAGAAAGGGCAGAACUUGGCAGCAAGCCCAGGCCAGAAAGAACAAAGAUUGGUUCUGGUCGUGGUGGAAGAGCAGCGUGUGAGAAGAUCCACCUUCAAGGCCAAGGGAGAUGUUGCACACGCAGCCAUCAGAUGUAUGGGGAGGGAGAAAAGCCAAAGUCACUGAAAUGGCACUGAGGAGUUAGGUCCCCCUUUAGUCUACAGCAGGGAACUUGUAAGGGACCAAAGAGAGGUGGUAAACAGCAGAAGAGCUGCUGGCAAGGGGUCCAGGCUAAGUCCCUGGAGAAGGUGGAAGAGAUUACAAGGAUCCAUAAUAAUUACAGCUGGAAAAGAGAUGUGAGCUCAUUGAAGUGAAUAUGUGCCUGAGACCUGCCCCAGCCAGCUUCCUUCAUUCCUGCAUCUGUGUUUUAGGAGGCUCUGCUUCCCCGAACACUGGGCUGGAUGCGUUCCUGGGGGACACUGGGCGACUGGCUGAGAAGGAGAAGUUCUGCCCCUUUCUCAGGUUUAUUCUCACAGCAGCCGACGUUGUGCCAGGCUCCCCUGGAAAUUUGCAGUUACUAACUCUGGGCCUUAUCCCUGUGGGACAGGUCAAGCAGUAGCAUCUUGUAGGGCCUUGUACUGAUACCACCUCUGGGAAUGGGGCUGGCUUUCACUCACCCUCACAGCCUGCCCUUUCCUGUGUCAGCUCCGCAUGGCGUGUCCUGGGGCCUGGAGCUGGUGUUCAGAGGGUCGGGUGUUCUGGCUGGUGGUCAGUGUCUCUGUUCCCGAUAUGGAAAUUCUCUCUGACACGAAGCUUGUGACUUCUCACACUUCCCAGCGAAUACCUCCCAGGAGGUUUUAACACCUGUCCCAGAGGUUCCAGGGCUUGGAGAGCAGGUUCUCUCUACUUCACUGCUGCACAAGAAUCGUUCGAAGCGUCCUUGAUGUCUCCCAGUUGUCCUGCACGCACCUAGGGAGCUGCUUUUGCUUAGAGCGUCUAUGGAUGUUUAUGGCUUAAGACAGCUCACGUGUUCAGGUGAUACUGGCAGGCUGGGAGCAGGGAACUCCAGGAUUAUAACGGGCUCGGCUCCUGAUUCCCUGCGUGGCCUUGAGUCUCCGCCCCUCCCUGUGCUCUGGUUUCCCUUUUGUAAAAGACAGGUGGGGCCAGCUCUCCGGCCACAACAUGGAGCUAGUUACUCGGGAUCACAGCCCUGCAUGCUGAGCGUCAGUCUGAGGGGAUGCAGAGAUGAUCUCACUGGGGAAAAUGGGUCACUCACGGUCCCCCGACCUCGAGGAUUCAAGGCGUGACGUGUACUGGCUCCAAGGACCGGAAGCCAGCACUUUCACCUCUGACACUGGCUCAAUAUGUGACCAUGGAGAUGUUACAUUACCUGCUCAGUGCCUCAGUUUCCCUGUCUGGAACUAGGGUUGUGAGGACUAAUGUUGGUAUUUUGCUUUAAGAUGCACUGCUGAAUGGCACUAGAGACAGGGCAAAUAUUAUCCUUACUAAGAGAGGUUUACUUCACUGCUCUCACUUCCUAUGGGAACUUUCUACAUGUGUUUUCCUAAUGUGCCAGUUACCAAGGGAUCUGGGCACUAAACCCUCCUGCCUUCCCCUCAAUUGAACUAGUAACGCAACAGGUGGCAGAAUGAGUUCCUUGGAGCAGCUGUAGAGGAAAUACGGCCAGUCUCUCUUCCUCCUCCAUCGUAGCUUGGGGAGUCAGACACCCCAGGACUGGGAACAGAUUCACCUGACACCCUGCCUGGUUCCCUAGAUUUGCACUGAGCUGCGCUGCAAUAAGAGAUAAGGGGUAGGAAUAGCAGGCAGGGGGAGAAAGACACCACCAGUCAGAUUCUCAGCUGCAGUGAAUCAGCGUAGGGCUCCUGUGCCAGUUCCCACUGAGAAUCCAGCCCCACACUUCUGAACCCAGGAGAGCCUCACACGGAGUUUUGUGACGGACACCCUGCUCCCCUACCAGCCCUGGCUUGGGUGUACACUGCCACUGAUGUAUGGCGGAAGGGCCAAGGCAAAUAAGACUCUGCUACCCCAUUGACUGCAGUUAGGUUGGACAGAUGUAACCGGCCACGUGUGGUUGGCUCUGUGCACAUCAAUACCAUUGAUCAGCGAGACAGGGCAAGCCUGGACUCCGAAAACUAGUCUGGGAACCUGCUACGUAUUCCCAUGCACGUUGGAUGAGGCUGGGAGCAGGGAGGACAGGGCAUAGGACAAAAAGAGGGGUUAAUGGAUUACAGAUUGU